AUGAACAGCAACCUGGAUUCAUCUGAGCAUAUUUACCGUUAUCAGGUGCGAGAUGAAGACAUCCCUGAAUUACUGGUGAAUCUGUCCUCUCUCGUAGAUCAGCAUCGGGAGCUGGAAAACCAUGGACCUGAAAUAAUCAUCGAACAGUGCCUGAGCCCAAAGGAGAUCCUAGAAACCUUCGGCAUCAACCAGACGAGCAGUCUCAAUCCGGUCAGCUUCCUGCACCUGUGUCCGGCCAUCAUCUACGAGCUGGAUCAAGGCCACUGUAUGUUUCGAAGCCACGCCCACAAGAAAAGCAGCGGCGUGGUCACAAUGGACCAAUGGAUGUAUUCUUGCUUGGCUGUCAUCGUCAUCAGCCUUUGCGGCCUGCUGAGUGUGGCUGUCAUCCCCAUCAUGCAAAAAUGGUUCUACCACACGCUUCUACAAUUCUUGGUUGGCUUAGCCAUUGGUAGUUUGUCAGGAGAUGCCUUGCUGCACCUGAUGCCUCACGCAAUGCUUGGCGGCGAAGGAGCCCACUCACACGAUAGCUCAAUAGCAGCCAUUCGGCCGAAAAAAACCGCCAUUUGGCGAGGAUUUGCGGCACUUGGCGGUAUUUUCUUCUUUUUCAUCGCCGAAAGACUUCUUGGCGCGUUAACUGCCGCCAGGAAACAGAAGAAGGAAGAAGAUUCCAAAAUGUUCCAAGCAGUGUUUUCAAAUUCUCUUGGCGACGACGUUUCUCAUGGAAUUGUUGGAAAGAAAUUGUCUCAUUACAAAAGAAACUCUACGGAUUUAGUUGGAAACGAAAAGGAAUUGACCCAAAUGCUGAAACCAGAGCCUUACAUGAUGUCAGAAUACUCACUCCAUGACUCCACGAACUACCCAAUCAAAGACAAGAUCUCUGAAACUAAGGUUACGGUUACAGAGCAUAAAGGCCACGGUCACGGACACAGUCACGAAGUUCCAGAGUCUGUGUCGGCUGUGGCAUGGAUGGUUAUCAUGGGCGACGGCUUACACAAUUUUUGUGACGGUUUGGCAAUAGGCGCUGCUUUUGCUUUUGGAGUCGAAGGGGGCAUCAGUACAUCUGUAGCUGUAUUUUGCCACGAGUUACCGCACGAGCUGGGCGAUUUCGCGAUGCUGCUGAAGACGGGCAUGAAGGUGAAGCAGGCCCUCUUCUACAACCUGCUGUCUUCGGUGCUGUGCUUCGUGGGCAUGGUCAUCGGCGUCUCCCUGGGAAACGUCCACUCCGCCACCAGCUGGGUGUUCGCCGGAACAGCCGGCAUGUUCCUCUACAUAGCCCUAGUCGACAUGUUACCGGAGCUUUCAUCAGUGCCACAUGAGCAGAGUUCCGUAGCAUAUCAGUUAGCCGUGCAAGUAUUGGGUAUAUCUACUGGCAUCAGCAUCAUGCUACUCAUUGCGAACUACGAGCAAGACCUUCAAGCAAUUAUCAGCUGAUGCGCCAUCGAGAGUCCCUCCACCCCCUGUGAAAUAGUCACAAGAGAGCUUUUAUCGUUCGCCAAUAACUGCUGUGUCAGAUGAUUUUGACUGAAGCCAUUCAAGUUAUUAUCCGUGUCUUAAUUGGGCUGUUCACAAGUCGAGUCGACUAACUCCACCUUUGGAGUAUUGCUUUAUUUUAAUU